UUUGCUGUUAAUAUGGAUUGUCUUGCAUGGAAGAACAAACUCCAGGUUGCAUGCAUUCUAACUGUCUACUUCACCCUGUCUUGCCCAAUUAUCCAGGGAGCUAAUAUAUUGGUUGUCCCAAUUGAUGGAAGUCACUGGCUCAAUAUGAGAAUUCUAAUCGAAGAACUGAAACUCCGCGGGCACAGCUUCACCGUGCUUUAUUUCUCAAAAUCAUGGUACAUCAAAGAGAGGCCUGAUCUAUAUCAAUCUGUCAUAAUUGAAAUGGAAGGGAUUGUUGGGAAAAAUAAUAGUGAAGAUGUUAUGCUUGAUAUGAUACAAAAGAUACUUGAAGCCUUACAAGAUGGUUGGACACCAUGGGGCUUUGUUAAGUUCCAAUAUGAAAUCAUGUAUUUUAUGCAUGCCUGUCACCACUGGGCUAUGGUGUUCAAUACUGCAAUUUUUGAAAACAGAAGUUUGUUAAAUCAACUUGAAAAUGAGCAUCUUGACUUAGUACUUACCGAUCCUGUAUUUGCUACAGGUCCAAUGCUUGCUUAUUAUUUAAAACUCCCUUUGGUAUAUAACGUUCGAUGGAUCACCUCUGGAGAAGCUCAGUUUCUUUCUGCCCCAUCACCAGCUUCCUAUGUCCCAAUUCCUGGCUCACAAUUGACAGACAAAAUGAGUUUUCUCCAAAGAACACAAAAUGUUAUCCUAAAUCUUGUUCAACUGGCAAUUUCAAAUUUUCUAACGUAUCCAAUUUACAACAAACUCUGCCAUCGUUAUCUAGGCCCAGACACAGAUAUCGAGACUGUUCUCCAAAGGGCAGAUGUGUGGCUAAUGAGAGUCGAUUUCAUAUUUGAAUUCCCGAGGCCCACCAUGCCAAAUAUUGUUUAUAUUGGAGGAUUCCAGUGUAAACCAUCCAAACCUCUGGAGGCAGAGUUUGAAGAGUUUGUUCAGUCCUCAGGCGAACAUGGGAUUAUUGUCAUAUCAAUGGGGACUUUAGUCAACUCUUUGCCAAUGCGUAUUACAAUGAAAAUAGCAGAGGGUCUUGCUCAAGUACCUCAGAAGGUUAUCUGGAGACAUGAUGGAAAGAUCCCUCCCAACAUUGGAAAUAAUACACUACUUGCAAAAUGGAUCCCUCAGAAUGAUCUACUAGGGCACCCGAAGACACGAGUCUUCAUUGCCCAUGGCGGCACCAAUGGGGUUUAUGAAGCCAUCUAUCAUGGGGUGCCAGUAGUUGGCAUACCUCUAUUUUAUGAUCAAUUUGAUAAUUUACUCAGACUUGAAAUCCGAGGUGCAGCAAAAGUUAUUAGCGUCACAACCAUGCAGUCAAUGGAUCUAUUGCAGGCAGUUAAUGAGGUUAUACAUAACACAUCAUAUCGGGAGAACAUGCAGAAACUCUCUGCUCUCCACAGAGACCAAUUUCAGUCUCCAAUGGAGAGAGCUAUUUUCUGGGUUGAGUACGUUGCCCGAAACAAGGGGGCAGCACAUUUGCGUUCAGCAUCUUACCAACUCCCCUGGUACGUUUACUAUUGUGUGGACGUGAUGAUCUUCCUGCUGUCACUGUUCCUCAUGGUUAUAGUGAUGACAGUCCUACUAUUAAAGAAACUUUGUAAUGUGGCUCGAAAGAGAAAAGAAAAAACUCAGUAAAAUUCAUCAUUUCAA